GAAGUUCUCGACAAGCCAAAACGAUUAUGCGGAUGGAGUGUAUGUAGCUCACAUCUUCUGUUAAUAAUUGCCAGGUUAAGUGGAGCGGACUGGGGUAAAAGUGGUUGGAGACGCCGACAGUGUGGCAAUAAGGAAGGAAAUAAAUGAAAGGAGGCAGGGAGAGAGGCGAUAACUGGACCAGAGGUUGGGAGUCACAUUGAGGAUUUGUGACGUCGUUUACAGUAUAGGGGCUGGAAAAUGAAAAAGAGGCAUCGCAAGCAAUAAAAAAUACCAGUCUGUCUUCCUCUCCAUUAAGACAAGAGUGUCCGGAUGAACGUAUCCCUUUGCUUUUUUAUCAAUAGAGGACAUUUUAUCCUCUAUCAAAGCGUCAGUUCUGGAUGGACGAAUUAAAGACAAGGAAACUUUUUCUUUUUUUUUAACUGAUGUAUGGUCGAUCACACUUGGACAGUCAACGUUCUGUGGGCUCAUUUUUUCCUAGCUGAUCAGUGUUGGAUUUGUUUUGUUAUUUAACCGUAUGUGUUGCUGAAGGCAAGGUGAAACAUGGCACUUUAUGUAGAAGGUUUGAGAAAAGGAGUGGCCAACGGAGGGAUGGCUCAGUUCCAGGAAAUGAUGCGGCAGCAGCUGGAGAGCUCUAUGCACACGGAACUGGAGAAACUGCUGGACACCUCCACCGGGGCUGAGAGAGAUGUGUCAAAGAAAGACUUUGAGGGCUUCAAUAAUCUUUUUCACAGAUUUCUGCAGGUGAAGGGGCCCUCAGUGGAGUGGAUCAAAAUACAAAGACCUCCAGAAGAUUCGAUCCAGCCGUAUGAUAAGAUCGCAGCUCGAGGUCUUCCAGACAACGUGGCCAACAGCCUGAACAAAUUGGUGGUAGUGAAGCUGAACGGAGGCCUGGGCACCAGUAUGGGAUGUAAGGGCCCCAAGAGCCUGAUCAGUGUCCGCAAUGAGAACACAUUCCUGGACCUCACUGUGCAGCAGAUAGAGCACCUGAACAAGACUUACAACACAGACGUGCCCCUCGUCCUUAUGAACUCCUUCAACACAGAUGAAGACACAAAGAAAAUCCUGCAGAAGUACACGCAUCACCGAGUCAAGAUACACACCUUUAACCAGAGCAGGUACCCUCGCAUCAACAAAGAGUCCCUCCUCCCAGUGGCCAGCAACCUGAACAUGAAUGGGCAGAACACAGAUGGCUGGUACCCUCCAGGUCACGGCGACAUCUAUGCCAGUUUCUACAAUUCAGGCCUGUUAGACCAGCUCAUCGCUCAGGGCAAAGAGUACAUCUUUGUCUCAAAUAUCGACAACCUGGGAGCCACCGUGGACCUCCACAUCCUGCACCACCUGGUGAGCCAGCCCAAUGGGAAGCGCUGCGAGUUCGUCAUGGAGGUGACAGACAAGACACGUGCAGAUGUCAAGGGCGGUACGCUGAUCCAAUAUGAAGGGAAACUCCGCCUGCUGGAGAUCGCGCAGGUUCCCAAGGCACACGUGGAUGAAUUUAAGUCGGUUUCAAAGUUUAAGAUCUUCAACACCAACAACCUGUGGAUCUCGUUGGCUGCGAUCAAGAGGCUGCAAGAACAGAAGGCAAUGGACCUGGAGAUUAUAGUCAACCCCAAGACUCUUGACGGUGGUCAGAACGUCAUCCAGCUGGAGACGGCAGUCGGCGCUGCCAUCAAGUGUUUCGACAACGCUCUGGGCAUCAACGUACCUCGCAGCCGCUUCCUGCCCGUCAAGACCACAUCAGACCUACUGCUGGUCAUGUCCAACCUGUACAGUCUGGAGGCAGGCUCACUCACCAUGAGCCCCAAGAGGGAGUUCCCCACAACACCCCACGUCAAACUGGGCAGCUCCUUCACAAAGGUUCAGGAGUAUCUGACCCGUUUUGAGAGCAUCCCAGACAUGUUGGAGCUUGACCACCUCACAGUGUCUGGAGACGUCACCUUCGGGAAAAACGUUUCAUUGAAGGGAACCGUCAUCAUCAUCGCAAACCAUGGCGAUCGGAUCGAUAUACCCGCCGGAUCCAUGCUGGAAAACAAAAUCGUAUCCGGCAACCUCCGCAUCCUCGACCACUGAGGCCUUUUCCACCCCCCUGCCCCCUCCCCAUCAUGUGACGCAGUUGGCUUUAUCCCAUUCAUGUGACCUGUUUGUCAUGUUUACCCGACAUCAACAGAUUGUUAAGAGGACGUGGCUUUCCCCUGAAGGCUGCGUGCGAUUGCAUGUGCAGUGCUUCAACAGUCCCAACAUUUGGAGGUUGUGUCAUGUAAGAGAGUUGAGUGUGUCUGUAGAUGGGAUAUACUGCCCUCUACAGGUUAUUAUAUGUCAUAAAACCACAGAAUUUUAACAGUAUUAAGAGGCGGUCACCAUUUUCACAAACGAUAAUGUGUUGAGCUUCACAAAAAAAAGAAUCUACACAGAGAAAGCUGUUAGAAGAAAUCUUCUUUUUUGACUUUGGUUGUGAGUCAAAAAAGAAAUGGAACUUAAUAAUAACAACAUUCAUAUAUAUUUUAGAUGCAUAACAGUGUAGGGAUACUAACAGGAAUAAAGAUUUAUGAACAUGCGUCAUCAUCAUCACCCUCAGCUCUUACAGCACUGCUGAUGCAAUCACACAGUGUACCUACGAACAGAGGAGAAGUCGAGGCUUUAUCACGUUCAGAGGACUUUUUGACAUUUAUAUCUAACAUCUCGACAUGGUUCCACAAUUCAGCCAAGAACAGAACCGAAAUAGUUCCUGACAAACGGCCCCUUCUGGAAAAAAUCCACUUAGCAUAAUCGAGCGUCUACCUUUGGAUACAACAAUAUUUCUCCAAAAAUGUCGUUGGUGCAGGCUGUUAAAAAAUAAGAAAACUGUGCUGCUCAAGUGGCUCAUAAAGGAAUUAUGACAUUAAAACAAUUCAAUAAUGUUACUACAGUUUUUUAUGUGCAAAUAAUCUGUGACAUAUUUUCCAGGUUAAUUGUUUUGUCCAUAAAACGACUGUGAUGAUUAUUUUCCAGGAGCCCAAGGGGACAUUUGUUUCUCUUCAAGAAUCCAAAACACAAAUAUAUCCAGUUGGUGGUGAUGAAAGCAGUUGUUACAGUCAUUUAUGAAGCAGUGGACGUGAAGUUUUUGCACUUAUUUUGCUGUAAAAAACAAAAUAGUUUGAUUAUUUUUUACUCUAAUCUAUUGGUGUUUUGCAUCAAAUCAUUUCAGCUUCAAAAAGUGCAAAAACUGAACCCAGAAAACAUAAGAUCACCUUUGUGGAUUUGUGGAACCAUGUAGAAAAUUAAACUUGAUGCUAAAAGUUGACAUUAUUCCAGAGUAAAGACGACUUUGUGCCACAGAUGUGAAACGAACACAAUGGAAAAGCCAUGUGACGCCUGAAGAACCUCUAUGUCUCUGUCCCUGUCAAGACUGUAACCUUCCAAUGCCAUGGAAUUCUACUGUACAUGAAAGUGAGUUCAUGUUGUCCUGAAGUGAAGCCUGUUUCGUCGAGUCCGGGUACGAUGACGUGUGCAGAUGAAACAAUAUCUCUGUUGUGCAUUACUUUCCUUUUCAUUCACGUGUUGACCUUCAUGUUGUUAAAAACCUCAAGCCUCCGAUACAGUGUCAAAUCUCUCCUGUCCCUCCAUCACUCCAAGUACGUGAGCUCCUCAAAACCAGAACAGGAGGUGUUGGUUUUACACACACAUACACAAAAACACACAGGUGCAAAAGAGUAGAUGUUUUGACCACAUGUACACAAAGUUUCAGUGUGAAUACUUGAGCUGGAGAUGUGUGGACCGGGAGCCUGAAAGCAAUAAGUGUUGAUCUGUGACAGUGAUGAGGUCUCAGUCCAGUUCUGGUUCCUCAGAGCUGAAUAAAGUGCAAUAUGAAACACUGA